AUGGCGGACAAAAAUGACAACCUGAAGACCGGUCAUAUGGCGAUUGUCUUGGGGAUUGGUUUAGGUGUGGUGACACUGAUUGUGUUGAGCUUGAUCUUGACCAUCGUCAUCAACCGGCAUGAUCGCCAAGCAUUCCUUCGCUCUCGCAAAAAUCCAGACGAGCGCCUGAAGUCUCUCGACAAGGUUUCGCCCACCCGAACCCUCGAGGACUGGUGGGCCGUUACCAAAGGCAAAAUGGGACUUUCGGAGGCUGUGGACAGCCAGUUUGUUUGUGCUGUAUGCUUAGAGCAGGUCAACCGAUCGGAAGAAAUCCGUGAGCUACAGUGUCUGCAUGUCUUCCAUCGGGAAUGUCUGGAAAAAUGGUUCUUGGGGGACCAUUAUAAUUGCCCGCUGUGCCACCGUGCCUACUAUGUGCCGACUACUCGCCCACGGCAUGAAUUCGCGUGGAUAGUAUGA